AUGGCAUCGGCUACCAAGGGCGGCCUGCUGGUGGAAUAUGACUAUCCCCAGCGAUCGCGAUCUCGCUUGCUGCGGCGCUGGCGUCGACCUAUUGCUGCAAUAAUAUUAAUUGCAUGUGUCGCUCUGUUUAAUUUUGGAUCGUCCAGCAAAAUCCUUACCCCGGCGUUGGUGGCUCCCAGGAGAGACUUUUUGGAUGGCCUACACAAAUGUCAUGAGAUUCGGGACCGCAAACAAAGACAACACACAGCAUCGGGAGAUCGAUUUAACCCACGAUGGAACCCGAUAUCCGGGCAGAAACAAGCCAUCCUUAUCCAAAAUGGCACUUUGUUUGAUGGAGACUCGACCCGUGAUGAGUUUGUUGAUAUCAUCUUCGACGCUGGCAUCAUCCGGGCUGUCCUUCCCACCGAUUUAAACAACCCAGUGCCCAAAGAUGCCCGUGUGAUCAAUGUGAAUGGGCGAUUCAUUACACCUGGUCUGGUUGAUAUGCACUCUCAUCACCUCUUGCUUCCAUUUCCGAAGCUGCCCUCGACCAGUGACGUGAAUGAGCGCCCACUCUUAGGGCCAAUCACGCCAUUCGUGCGUGCUCUCGAUGGCUUCAAACCUUACGACCCGGCGAUAAAGAUUAUCGCAUCUGGCGGCGUUACCUCAUCGCUGGUUCUACCGGGCUCAGCGAACAUCGUCGGCGGCGAAGCCUAUCUUGUCAAGAAUUUACCGCGUCCAGGGCCAAACGGUGAGCCUGUUGUUGAAGAGCUGCUUCUAGAAGAUGGCCGCCCAGAAGGCGAUCGGCAGAGAUACCUCAAGAUGGCUUGUGGGGAGAAUCCGAAGGGUGUCUAUGGCAAUACCAGACUUGGCGUGGCGUGGCUCUUGCGCGAAAAACUCGAUAAAGCACGACAGCUGCUUGAAAGUCAAUCUGCCUGGUGCGACGCUGCAUUUGCCAUUGAGGACAUUCCUUUCGCGCAAAGUCAUCAUAUAUCGAGUUUUAUUGAGAAAGAAGGAAAGCGACCUGAAUCGUUCGACUACGAGACCCUUCUGGCGCUUUUGAGAGGCGAGCUGAAUGUCAACGUGCACUGUUAUGAGCCGGAAGACUUCGAGCGCAUGGCUGCGGUGCUGCAUGAGUUUGGUGUUCAUCCUCGCGCUUUCCACCACGCACUUGAGGCAUGGCAGGUACCCGAACUUCUUAAGCAUCUAGAAGAGAACAUUACGAUUGCCACGUUUGCUGAGAAUGCACUUUUCAAGGCAGAGGCGUACGGAGCCAAUUUGAGAGGCCCGAAGAUCCUAGACGAUCAUGGAGUUAAAGUUGCUCUAAAAUCAGAUCAUACUGGAGAAGGAAACUAUGCCAAAGACCUUAUUCACCAGGCAGCCGUUGCUCACUCAUAUGGUCUAUCUGAGAAGAAGUCACUUCAGUCUGUGACAUCAGUGCCUGCUCGAUCAAUCCAGCAAGAUCACCGUAUUGGAUACGUUCGCCCUGGAUACGACGCGGAUCUGGUAAUCUGGGAUGAUCAUCCGCUGGAGGUCGGCGCGACUCCUCUUGAAGUGUUCAUCGACGGCCGUGCUCUCUUGGAAAAUGAUGAUGCCAUUAAGGAAUUGCUCCAAAAGACAACUGAUUUGUCUGAUCAGGAAGCGCCGGUGGUGCGACCAUUUGUUUCGGACACUGAGAAAGUGGAAGUUUGUGCAAGAGUCCAUGAAUCCGUGCUUAUCACCGGAAUCAAAAACUCUCUGGUUGGAAUCCCCAACCAUGCUGGCCAGUCUGCACAAGAUCUCGUUCUGUUCAUUGAGAAUGACAGGAUUGCAUGUUUCGAUAAGGAAUCGGCAUGUACUUCCUAUUACAAGGAUGACGAAGUCUUCCAUAUCACACUGAACAAUGGCUAUAUAACGCCGGGUCUUGUGGCAUUUGCCACUAAUCUCGGAAUACAAGCAAUCCCAUCUGAGGGGUCCACUGGCGACGGAACAGCAAAAAGUGGAGAUAUACUCAACGAACAGAAGAAUGUCCAUUUCGCCAAAUAUGGUGUGCAUCUUCAUGGAAGAGCAUUCACGAGAGCUCAGAUCGGCGGUGUCACAAAAGCAGUCACGCCUCCACACGGCUCUGGCAUCAUUGACGGAGUCAGCGUCGGAAUACGGACUAGCGAAACAGCCACAAUUCUGGAAGGAGGUGUUUGGAAAGAUAACGUUGCUCUUCACCUGGCAAUUGGUCAAUCGGCUAAAGUUUGUCUUCUUCCAGACGACAGCACGCCGACCAUCUCUUCUGAGAUUGAGCGCCUCCGUCAGAUACUAGAAAAGGGCCUGCAGGACGGCACUGAUAACCAGGGAAUCUAUGCUCAGGCUGCAAAUGGAUCACUGCCUGUAGUCGUCCGAGUGUUUAAUGAGGAUGAUAUCGCUCAACUGAUCCUGAUUAAACGUGAAUACUCUUCGGUCAAUUUGGUCAUCCACGGUGGUCAUGGAGCUGCUUUGGUCGCCAAGCCAUUGGCAGAUGCAGGCAUCCCAGUAAUCCUCACUGGAAACCAUGGUGCCCCCGACAACUGGGAGAAGAGGAACAUUCUGAUAGGCCCACCCCUGAGCGAAAGUCCCGCCAAGAUUUUAAUAGACGCUGGUGUCAAACUGGGCCUGGCAGUUCGGAGCGACUCGGCUAUUCAUGGCUUGGCGCAAGAAGCUCGAUGGGCCGGUAAGUAUGCGGACCUGAGUGAUGAAGAAGCUAUUGCCCUUGUCUCCACCAACAUUGAAGAUAUUUUGGGUCUUCGGUCAGCAAGGGAGCAUCAUAGAGAAAACAAGCUUUAUAGUGGAGAUAUUGUUGUCUGGGAGGGCAAUCCUCUGAGAGGAGAGGGGUCUGUCGUCCUUUCAAUCCAGGAUGACGGAAAGAUCGCAGACUGUUGGCCUUACACUGCAGACACAAUUCUGCGUCAGCUGACACCCUCCGCUUCCCCAGAUUUCCCCGAGGCCCGUCCCGUCACUUCACUAAUCGACACUUCCGGGGGGACUCGGGAAAUCCUCAGUCGCCUAAAAGAUAUCGAAUCCAUUCUCGAGAGCCAGUCUGAAAAAUUAUCCGCGCUUUCAAACGGGUCGAACGCUUCUUAUUCUCAUAACCAUAAUGCGGCUACCCCACAAAGCCAGGCGUCCGUUCCGAUGACUGGAGUGCAAUCCACAGGAGCCGUCGCAUCCGCUUCAUGGCCGUUUCCAGGGCUGGAUGUGCAGUCGGAGUUAGCGAAGUUGCCUCCUUUGACAAUUCCAGUCAAACACAAGACAUCCUCCAGCUACCUGCUGAGCUUGCCGUCCAUGAAAGCACUGAUUGGUGAAUACCCCCCGGAUCUGUUCUUCUUGCUGGAAUCAAGGAGUCAGUUGCCACCAGAGCUAUCAUUCGAGCAAUUGUCCAAGCCUAGGCCGCAGAUCAGUAUUAGACGAGAAGUAGCCGACGAACUAGUAUCGACAUUCUUCACGUUGGCUCAUCCAAACCACCCAAUCUUGGAGCAGGCUGAAUUCGAGGAGAUGUAUAAUCGAUUUUUGGAAAUAGGUCCCGACCCUAGUGUUCAGUCUGCGCUCUGUAUGGUUGUGCUAGCUCUCGGAGCAGUCGCUGCUUCACCUCUCAAGGCCCCGGAAUUCAAACUAUCGCCUCCGGGCAUGGAGUACAUGCAACAUGCACUGCCCACACUCAUAUCGCAGUCGUCUUGGUCGUUUUCGUAUAAUCUUCUACUACCGCAGGCCUUGGUUCUCGCCAGUGUAUAUUUUGCAUACAUCGUCCGGCCACUGCAGAGCUGGAGACUGAUUUACUCGGCGUCUACAAUUCUUCAGUUUAAACUGUCAGGAAUGGAUGCGCGGGAAGAAGGACCAAAUUGGCGUGAGAGUAUCAUCCGUCUCUUUUGGUCCUGUUUCCUCGUGGAAUGUGACCGACUAGCAGAGUUGGAGCUGCCACGAAGCGGUCUGCAACAGCUGACCGACGAAGUUAGCCUUCCUAGAUGUUCGAAUCUCGGUUUGAUGCAAUCAACUUGCUAUUUGGCAGAAAUAUCCGUUCGUCGACUGCUCAAUCGAAUUCACAACUCACUGUAUCCCAGCAAGAUGCAUCUAUUAACACUUUCAUCCACCACUCUGAUGACUCCGGACGAAUUCUCAAUCGAAGACGUUUCCUCCAUGAUCAAUGUGUCGGAUGAGCUACACGAGCAGCUCAAAAUGUGGCAUUCUUCGAUCCCAGAAGCCUUUCGCCCAGUCCUAGGAAUGGGGAUCCCCCUCAACCCCACAAACCCCCGCGAGGCGAUCCUCCGAAUUCGGUAUUUCGCUGCCCGGCACAUCAUUUACCGACCAUUUGUGUUGUAUAUAGCCACACAUGGAGUUGGAGGAACAACAGAGACAAUGGUCGAGAAGGCGGGUGUUUGCAUCGAGAGCUGCCGGUACUAUAUCCACAACACUUCGCAGGUCAUGGCCCACCCAAGCCAAUACACUUGGACAUUUGCGCUAUCAACACUGGGUGCCAUCGUGGUUCUCACGCUCGCUUCCUUAAGCGCCGAUUUGCGGCAUUUCGUUCCCGACAUUGACGAGCUUCAACAACGGGCGAUCGAUAACAUACGUCCCUGGGCAUUUUCCAGUCUCGAAGCUGUUAUUAUAAUUCUGGAGGAUAUACAAAGAAAGCAGCGAUUGCUAUCGCGCGUUUAA